AUGGCCGCUUCACCAGAAUAUACUAAAGAACAACUGAACUAUUACAGAAUUUGCUAUGUAACAACGGAUAUGUUAACAGAGGGUCUGCGGUCUGUAUUCAAACAAGAAUGGGAUAAUCGCUACAAGGCUACUCUUGGAGAGUGGAAAGAUGACCCUAAAAGUGGGAUGGAUUUCUAUAACAGCGAAUCGCUGCGGAAUCAAAAACGAAACGCGCAUCUACUGGUGACUAUAACAAAUGGGGUUAGAGCCCAGUGGGACUGCACUAUGCUUUUUUACGCUAUUCUUUACUCUGACUGUAUUGGAAGAGGUCUCAGCACAACAGUCAAGACUAGCGUAGACGUUCUAAGAAAAUUCAGAAACGAAGAAUUCGCUCACAUGCCACGAGGCUUUCUGACAGACGUAGACUUUCAAAAUGCCAUUAGUCAAGUUCGUGGUGCAUUUCAAUCUCUCGGCCUCUCCAGCUCCACUAAGCAAAUAGAUGACGUCAAAAAUCAGACAAGUUUUCCCACGGAGGAGUUAAGACUCAUCAUGAAGAAGGUUGACGAUCUUGAAGAAGAACUUCGACAAGAAAAACAACAACGAAAAGUUCUUGAAGAUCAGCUAGAAAAAGAAAUCUCCCCGUUUUGCGUUCUUCCUCCCAAGCCUUCACAUCAUGUGACAGAACGGAAUCGCGAGGCAAAUGAAAUAACAAAACAGCUCAAGGAGUUAAAAGAGGCUAACAAAAAUCACAUCAGUUACCUGUACAUCUCUGGGAAUCCUGGAAGUGGCAAAUCACAGUUGGCAGGUCUCGUAGCUAAGCGUUUUUUCGACGAAGCAAAGGCAAUUCCAUCUGCUGCCCCAUGUGUGAUGACGUUAAAUGCUGCAAACCCUGAUUCACUCCUGGAGUCGUACGCUUCCUUCGUUCGACAGUUAAAGUGCCCAGAAUAUGCAGUUACAAACACCCUUAACUCUAAGGAUAUUACAACAGAAGAGAAAAUCACAAAUUUGAAAACGCUAGUUGCAACGAAAAUCGAUUUGUACACCACCUGGCUGCUGGUAGUGGACAAUGUCCCUAGUAUGUCUUGGGUCCAUGCCUAUCUGCCAGAAUGGGGAAACGAACAGUGGUCGAAUGGCCAGGUACUGAUUACAACCCAGGACGUUAAGUCCAUUCCUUUAACGAACUCCUUUGUUAAGCAUUUCUCUAUAAACAGAGGUAUGGAUGUUGAUGAUGCCUGUUCGUUAUUAGCGAUGCUAUCUGGUAUCUCUGACUGUGAGAUGGGGAAAGAGGCAGCGAAAACGUUGGACUAUCAACCCCUUGCAUUAGCAAGCGCCGCAACGUAUGUUAAUCAGGUUCGACAAAAGAAAGCCACUUCCAACUUCCACUGGGCCGACUUCUUAGAAAAAGUCCAAAAAGGAAAACGAGGCAGCACAGAGAAAUUACUUGAAGAAAGCAAUCCAAGCUACCCAAAGUCCAUGACCUCAGCGACAUCACUUGCUGUUGAAAAUGUAAUGUUAUCCGACAAAAUUAUCGAUCAAACGUUCACUUUACUUUCUCUGUGUGCAACACAACCCUUAGACUUGAACAUUGUAAACAAUUACAUUCUCAACGUUGAUGAACAAGCCGAAGAUAAAGAGGCGAUUGACAUGACACCCAAAAGGUGUUCCCUGGUGAUAUUUGAAGAGGACCAAGACAGAGCCUUUAUUCGUGUGCAUCAGGUUGUGCAUGAUGCCAUCAAAACUGUUGUAAUGAAAGACCAGUCUAAGAGACAAAUGCUACAUCAAACAGCGAAUGCAGCUGUGACAUCAUUUAGUCAGUUUAUUGAUGCCUUCCCGGAAGACAACCGACAGUACUCAGAUACCAUACACAUUGUCCCACAUCUGAAAGCCUUCAUUACAACGAAUGAAUCUCUAUUUUCAGUAGAAAACGCACAUUAUUUCACAGAGAAAACAAGACUAGCAGAGUAUGUUAAUUCAUGUUUAAAAUUUGGCGAGAUUUGUACUGAACACAAUGAGUUUCACACAGCAAGAAAGUACUAUGACAAUGCACUUAGUUGUCGACUGAGACAUGUCACCCCUGAUCAUGCUACUGUUGCUUCAAUUUACGAUCACUUGGGCAUUCUACACCGGAAAUUAGGUGACCCUAAUAGUGCCAAGGAAUAUCAUAAUCGUGCUCUUGAAAUCAAGCUAAAGAAGUUCGGUAACGACAGCAUUAAUACUGCAAGUACUUUCACUCACUUGGGUGUUACACACCUCCGAUUAGGUGACCUUGAGCAGGCAAGGGAGUAUCAGGAUAGUGCUCUGAAAAUAUACCUCAAAAAACUCAGGCCAGACCAUAGUUACGUUGCAAGGUCUUACGGUAACCUGGGAUCUAUUCACAACCACAUGGGUGAGCUUGAGAGUGCGAAGAAGUAUGUAAGCCUUGCUCUUGAAAUUCAGCUUAAAACCUGUCCUGACCACACUGACGUUGCUACUACUUACUCCAAAUUGGGUAAAAUACACCGGCAACUAGGUGACCUUGAGCGUGCAAAGGAGUACCAGGAUCGCGCACUCGCCAUCAAACUAAAGAAGCUGGGUCCUGACCACACUGAAGUUGCAACUACUUACUCCAAUUUGGGUUAUAUACACAUGCAAUUAGGUGAUCUUGAGCGUGCCAGGGAAUAUCAUAAUCGUACUCUUGAAAUCAAGCUAAAGACGUUCGGUAACGACAGCAUUAACACUGCAAGUACUUUCGCUCACUUGGGUGUUACACACCUCCGAUUAGGUGACCUUGAGCGGGCAAGGGAGUAUCAGGAUCGCGCACUCGCCAUCAGGUUAAAGAAGCUGGGUCCUGACCACACUGAUGUUGCAAGUACUUACUCUAAUUUGGGUGAAAUACACCAGCAACUAGGUGACCUUGAGCGUGCAAAGGAGUAUCAGGAUCGUGCCCUUGCCUUUAUUCUAAAGAAGUUGGGUCCUGACCACACCGACGUUGGGAAUACUUACUCUAACUUGGGUGUUAUACACCAGCAACCAGGUGACCUUGAGCGUGCAAAGGAUUAUCAGGAUCGCGCCCUCGCCAUCAGCUUAAAGAAGCUGGGUCCUGACCACACUGAUGUUGCAACUACUUACUCCGAAUUGGGUUAUAUACACAUGCAAUUAGGUGAUCUUGAGCGUGCAGAAGACUAUCAUAAUCGUGCUCGUGAAAUCAAGCUAAAGAAGUUCAGUAACGACAGCAUUAACACUGCAAGUACUUUCGCUCACUUGGGUGUUACACACCUCCGAUUAGGUGACCUUGAGCAGGCAAGGGAGUAUCAGGAUAGUGCUCUGAAAAUAUACCUAAAAAACUCAGGCCAGACCAUAGUUACGUUACAAGAUCUUACGGUAACCUGGGAUCUAUUCACAAGGACAUGGGUGAGCUUGAGAGUGCGAAGAAGUAUGUAA